AUGUCCGAACAGAGCAAGAAGGCAUUGAAAUACUACCCUGCAGACGAUGCGGCGGUUCCCAAGAAGGUUCGCAAGACCAUCCGCACCUCCUCCCCUCGCGCCAGUCUCGUCCCCGGUACCGUCCUCAUCCUCCUUGCUGGUCGUUUCCGCGGCAAGCGUGUCGUUCUUCUCAACAACCUCGACCAAGGCGUUCUCCUCGUGACCGGCCCUUUUAAGAUCAAUGGUGUCCCUCUCCGCAGAGUCAACUCCCGCUACGUUAUCGCCACAUCCAUGAAGGUUGAUAUCUCCGGUGUUGACGCAAAGAAGAUUCAGGAGGCCUCCGAGUCGAAGUACUUCGCGGCUGCCAAGGGUGAGAAGAAGUCGGCAGAGGAGAAGUUCUUCGCUCAAGGGGAGAAGCCAGAGAAGAAGAAGCCAUCUACCACCCGAGCAGCAGACCAAAAGGCGGUUGAUAAGGUUCUGUUGGCUGCCAUCAAGAAGGAAGAGUACCUUUCGGCGUAUCUUGCAUCCAGCUUCAGCCUGCGCAAGGGGGACAAGCCACACGAGAUGAAGUGGUAA